AUGGAACGUUGGAACGGUCGAGUUGCCAUUGUUACGGGUGCCAGCGCCGGUAUUGGGGCGGCGAUUGUGAAGAAUCUCGCCAAAGCCGGAAUGAUUACGGUUGGUUUGGCCCGUCGUGUUGAGCGCGUCGAGGAACUACGGAAGGAUCUACCGGAGGAAGCGGCCCAGAGGCUGCACGCUUUGAAGUGUGAUGUGUCGAACGAGGCCGACAUAGACGCUGUGUUUAAAUUGGUCGAAGAAAAGUUCGGUGGAUGUGAUGUGCUGGUCAACAAUGCCGGAAUUAUGAAGUCCGUCAAUCUGCUCGACGUCGGAACGACGGCUGACAUAAAAGCUACGCUAGAGACCAACGUUCUUGGGUUGGUUCUGAGCAGUCAGCGGGCCUACCACUCGAUGGUCAAACGGUCGGUUGACGGACAUAUCGUCCACAUCGGUAGCGUCGUUGGGCACAUAGUGCCAAAUUAUCCGAAACUAAACGUUUACCCAGCUUCCAAACACGCCGUCCGAGCCAUCACGGAAACGAUGCGCCAGGAGAUGAGAGAUGCUGGAAGUAAGAUCAAGGUUACGAGUGUUAGUCCCGGUGGAGUACGAACGGAGUUUGUAGAUGGGAUGGAGUCGUGGGAUGAUAUUCCUUUGCUUUUACCAGAGGAUAUUUCACAAGCCGUUCUUUACACGCUGAGUACGCCGCCCCAUGUCCAAGUGCACGAAAUCGUCAUCAAAGCUAUUGGAGAAACGUUUUAA